CAGAUGCUCAGCAGUACCUACCUAAGCAGUGGGAGUGAUUUUUUCCCUCCCUUCCUCCUCUUUUGGACGAACUCCCCGCAAUGAAGAUGCUGCUGCUCCUGAUUGCUCUGCUCUCUGCUGCCCUGCCAGCCAGCGCAGCCCCUCCAACUUGCUACUCGAGGGUUCUGUCUCUGAGCAAGGAAAUCACCGAGUCCUUUAAGAAGCUGCAGACCUCCAAAACUGUGCAGGACUCAUGCGUGGAGACGCUGCCCAGGCUGUACUUGGACAUACAUAAUUACUGUGUGUUGGCAAAACUCCGUGAUUUUGUGGCCUACCCUGGAUGUGACAGAGUGGUUGAAGUGAAUGAGCUGAAGGAAAAAGCCCGGAGCCUGUACACCAUCUUGAUCUCCUACUGCAGAAGGGACCUGGUGUUCCUCACUGAUGACUGUAAUGCUCUGGAAAUUCCUAUUUCACCUCCUAUUGAACACUCCAUCACUGAGAGCUAAAAGGCAGUUAACCCAAAAGUUAUACCUGGGAAAGUUUCAAGGAGACCAAAAGCCAAAAUAUGUAUAUUCAGUCUAUAACGUUAACAACUAAGAUCUUUUUCAAGCACACUAGCAAUACAAUCUCAGACCUACCCAUUUUUCUCUGCCUUGGCAGGAAAUGAAUUGCAUGCCUUGCAUACCUACUGAGCUGCUAGGGAAACUACCAUUAGGGAGCAGUUUUUCAUUUGGCAAGGUACGGUAUUUCAGCUUAGCCAAAUGUAUAAAGUAUGUUUUGUUUAAAUGUCAGAAACUAGAUUUUUUUUUUAUUUUUACUCUUUUAUGAAUAACUAGACUCAUAUAUACAUUCUCUCUUGACUUAGCUGUUUUUCUUGUAUUAGAUGGGCAUGGAAGGGACCGUAUUUGUUUUUCUUAGAAGGUUUGAUAGAAGGAGAGUCAUGCUGUACUGGCAGAUUUCUCUGCCUGUAUAGCUCAUAUAUAUAUCUUGAUAGUUUUUGAUGUCAGAUUUGUGAGAAUAGAGGUGAAAGAAACACGUCUCUGUGGAAAAUAAAA